AUGUACUUUAUUUUUAUUAUACAACUUUUUCCAAAGGAAUCUAAGGAUACUUACUACUUAUACAAAAAGUGUAAAAAGCCAAGUGGUAAUUUAUACGCGCACUACCACAACAGCAUUUACCAACUACGAAAGGCCAAAGUUUCUGUUAAUCCUGAACCAGCGAAACUGCGUUCGUCUCUUUCGUUGAAUUUAGAUAAAAACCUUAAUACAGAUUUACAUUCUAAUGAAAACGAAGCGAAAAAUUGGCUUAAAAACAACAUUGAACCGUACGAUAAAGUGGUAGAAUACUGGAAUGUUACAUACGAGACAAGACAAAAGUUAUUUAAUUCAACAAUUACAACAAACGAUAUUUUAAUAGAGUGGCCUAUUCUAAAGCAACAGUUUGGAUAUUUUUUGAUCGAAUUGGACUUUGAAAAAAAAUAUCCUCUAAAAUCAAACUGCUUAUUGGAAGAAUGGGACAAUCUCGUAACCAAAUUGAUACCGCGUUUUAACAAUUACGCCAAAGACAAAUAUGGUCUUCAAUUAUUGGAAAAAUUAACAACCAAUAUUGAUAAAAAUGCACGUGAUGUGAUUGUUUCCUUGUUGCUUCAUAGUAUGUUAAAACCGACUCAUCGCAAAAAGAACAAGAAAACAACUUUAUUUGAGUCCAGAGAAGCAUUUCUUAUACAUGCUGCUACCAGGCAAGAGCUUCAACAUAAGAUACUUGAAGGUAUCAAUAAGUGCAAAGCUGGAGAAACAGUUCAACCACAUUUGUGCGGAAUCGGUGAAGAUGAUAUAAAUUUGACGGAAUUUUAUAUAUUCUUCGCUAACAGCUAUUACAAAGUAGGAAAUUUUAUGAAAAGCAUAGAUGUCUGCUUAAAAUUAUUCGCAACGUUAGAUUUAGAAUACCCAGCAGAGUGCAAACAAGUGUGGGAGUUUUUGGCGAAAUAUUUCUUUAAUUUGACACACGAAAACUUGAGCUGUGUUUCAUCGCUUAUUAGCGAUCUCUCUUAAUUUAAGAAAUGGUAAUCUGUUUUGUCUGUGGUGAAAUAUUUUUUCAAUGUGAAAAGUUAUUCACACAUCUGCAAUAUGUUCAUCAUAAAGGUGCUGUAGAUUAUUUCCAAUGCUGUUUUCUAGAGUGUAAACAUAAAUUUGAUGAUUUUAAGUCAUUUCGUCGCCAUAUGAGAAAUGAGGAAAAAAAGCAUGGACAUACAGAAAGUGAAACUGCAUUUAAUAUUUCUAUUGAUUCUGAAAUCAAUUCAAUACAUACAGAAAGUGAAACAGCAUUUAAUAUUUCUAUUGAUUCCGAAAUCAAUUCAAGUCAAAAAAAAAGAAAAAUA